AUAUCGUAGCUGUAAAUUGUUCCCCUUUUUUGGUCUUCUGCCUCGCGGGUACUGACUACUCUCUCUCCCUCCCUCCCUUCUCUCUCUAAAAGUCAAAUCCAAUCCAAACUCAACUUUUUAGCUCUUUCUGUCAUUUGGUGUUGUUUCUUACAUCUUCAGACGAAUAUUUCUCUAUGUUUCGUUAAUUUUCUGUUGGACGGUGAAUUUUCUCUCUCUAGAUUCGUUUUUUGUGUAUCUCUCUGAAAUGAAAUUGAAUGAUUAUAGCCUGGUAAGUUAUCUACGCUGCGGUUGUUGUUUUGCUUGUAAUUCUUGUUGUUUUGCUUGUAAUUCUUGUUGUUUGAUAGGUUUUUAGUGAAUCUGUAAUCAUGACAUUGAAAUCCAGGUGAAUUGGUGAAGGAGAGCACUGUAACGUACUGAAUCUUAUAUCUAGGGUUUUUGUUCUGGUCUGUUAUUUAUAAUAGUAGUUGGGUCAAAGCAGAUCAUACUGAAUUAAAAAUCGUUUUAAUUCCUGCUUUAUUUGUUGUUUUCCUUCCAAUUCUUAUUCGUUACACGGACUUUUGUUGAUCAUUUAUUCAUUUAAAUACCGAGUAAGUAUCGACAAAUCUCAUGGUCUAGGGUUUCUGUUCUUUUUUAUCUUAUGGCCAUACCCAGAUUGAUAUUUAGAACCAUUUGGUAAUUUUUAUUUGAAAUUCUUGGACUUAUCGUAAUUAUUAAGUUACCUUAAAUGCGCAGAGCAAAAACUAGAAAUAGACAAAUUCUAGACUGUUGUUAUUUAUUUCCUUUGAAUAUUAUUGAUGUUUGAUCAAUUGCAGUAUAUGGAUUCUUACAUGACUCAAUUUUAUUAAAUGUUGGUUCUGGGAUUUUUUGGGUGUAAUGAACAGAUGGCGAGUGGAGGCAAGGUUGGGUACAAGCAGAAUACGGGGAGAAAGGUUAGAUCAAAACUCAAGGGUUCAGAUGAAUCAGACGAGGACUAUAAGGUGGAUGAAGAUGAAGACUUUGAAGAGUCAGAUGAAUACUGUUCUUCCUUUGAUGGAGGUGAAUCGGAAGAGGAAUUUGAGGCCAAGGAGAUGGAGGAGGAGCAAGAGGAUGAAAAGAAAGUGAAGAAGUUAGGACAACCAGAAGGUCAAAAGGGUGCUUCGGGUAGGAAGAUAAAAGAGAUGAAGAAGCCACUGAAGGAAAGGAAGGUUUCAUACAAGGAAGAAGAUUAUGAGGAUGAUUGUGAUGAUGAUGAUGAUGACAAUGAUGAAGAAUUUACACUGGAUGAGAUUGAUCGAGAAGAUGAAGAUGAAGUGCCUGCAACAAAGAUGAAUAAGAAGGUGGGCAGGCCUCGAUUGGGGGAAAAGGGUUUUGUUAAAAUGAGGAAUCGGAAGAGGAAUUUUAAGGUUCUGAAGAAAGAUAUGAAAAAGAAACCAAGACUGAAUCUUAGGUUGAGGGGGAAAGGGAGUUCUACUGAUGAGGAAUUUAUAGACAAUAACCCGGUUGUGGAAGAGAAGUGUGAGGAGAUUUCUGGUCAUCGGAGAAGGGUAUUGGUGGCUAAUUCUGAUUCAGAUUUGGUGAGUUCUGAAUCAUCGGAUUCUGAUUACACUAUCUCUGAGGAAGAGAGAGAACAUAUAAGAGAGGCCAGUAAAUUCUCCAGCAGUUUGGCAACUAAUUUAAGGGGUUCGACUUUUUCGAAGAGAUCAGAAGAAGAAUCUUUUUGUCAGCAAAAAAAACGAAUAGGGAGAAAGGGUAAGGAGAAAGUAGAUGAUGAUAGUGACGAUGAUGAAGAAUUUACGCUGGAUGAGAAUGAGAUUGAUUGUGAUGAUGAAGAUGAAGAUGAAGUCCCUGUGACAAAGAAGAAUAAGUUGGGCAGGUCUCGUUUGGGGGGAAAGGGUUUUGUUAAAGGGAGGAAGCGGAAGAGGAAUUUUAAUGUUCUGAAGAAGGCUGUGAAAAAGAAACCAAGAAAUAAUCUUCGGUUGAGGAGGAAAGCAUGUUCUAAUGAAGAGGAGUUUAUAGACCACAACCCGGUUGUGGAAGACAAGCCUGAGAAGAUUUCUGGUCGUCGGAGAAGGGGAGUGGUGGCUGAUUCUGAUUCAGAUUUUGUGUGCUCUGAAUCUUUUGAUUAUGAUUACACUAUCUCUGAGGAAGAGAGAGAACAGAUAAGAGAGGCCAGUGAAUUUUGCAGCAGUUUGACCACCAGUUUGAGGAAUUCAACUUUGUCAAAGAAACUGGAAGAAGAAGAAUCUUCUUUUCAGUUAAUAAAAUGUCCUGGGAGAAAGGGUAAGGAGAAAGUAGAUGAUUCAAAGAAUGAAGUAGGAAAACAAGUUUGUGGAAUCUGUUUGUCGGACGAGGGAAAGAAAAUAGUGCGAGGAGUAUUGAAUUGUUGCGGUCAUUAUUUCUGUUUUGCUUGCAUCAUGGAAUGGUCGAAGGUGGAAUCUCGUUGCCCUCUGUGCAAGCAGAGGUUCGUGACAAUUAGUAAGCCCGCAAAAUCAAACACAGGGCUUGAUAUGAGGACAGUGGUGAUACAGGUCCCUGAGCGUGAUCAGAUUUAUCAACCAUCUCAAGAAGAGCUUAGGGGCUAUCUUGAUCCAUAUGAAAAUGUUAUCUGUACUGAAUGCCAGCAAGGUGGGAAUGAUGCUCUCAUGUUACUUUGUGAUCUCUGCGAUUCACCUGCACAUACCUAUUGUGUUGGUCUUGGACGUGAAGUACCGGAAGGUAAUUGGUAUUGUGAUGCCUGUAGACCGACUGCUCUUGGUUCCACCUCAAAUCCACUAGGUCUAUAUCCUAUGCCAGAUCAAAAAACAAGUACCAACUAUUCUGGUAGAUCAUCUCCUGCGGACAAUGUUAGGGUAGCGUUAGAUCUCAAUGAGAUGUAUGUGCCUGAUAUACCAUUGACUCAAGAAACUGGGUCUUCUCCAUCUCCUAGACUUUCUGUUGGAGAUUUUCAAGCUGCUUCUUCAGCAUCUGGAUCAGGGGCAUUUACUGUGUCAGAAAGGCGCAGGAUACAGCGCCUUAUACAGAAUCUUCUUCACAACAGAAUGAGGCAACUUGAUGGCCAAAGCAAUGGGAUAUCAGCCACAAAUUUGGGAAGUAGUCUUUUUGGCACUCAAAUUGGUCAGGUUAGGGAAUUUGUUCCUCAACAAACAGUAACACCGGAAAGGCUAGCAUCGCGUUAUAACUUUUCUGAGGAAAGUUUUCAGGAUAAUUCCACAUCUUUAGUGCACAAUAGGGAAGCUUUUCCUGCAAGAUCAAUCCAUUCAAGGGAGCAAGCAAUUCAGAAUUCAGCUUAUACAUCUGUUGCUGGAGUUUUACCUGCUGAACUUGCUGGCAUCCAUGCCAGUGUCAAUUCAAGAUUGGGUUAUCAGCAAUCCCAUCCAUGCAGCAGUAGAUCAACCAUUGGGACUGAUGCUACCAUGUCUCCUUGUGCAUUCAGAGAGGUGAGCCACUUUAAGCUAGAAAAGGAACAAGUGCAAUCAAUGGUUAGAAGGCAUUUAAAAAGCUUCUUCAGAGAUUUGGAGUUAGACUACAAAGUCUUUAAGGACAUCGCAAGGAGCUCCACACACACCAUUUUAGCUGCAUGUGGGAUUGAGCAUCGGACGAGCGAGGUCUGCCCUGUGCAGUCACCAUCAACUUGUAACCACAUUGAAAUAAUGGGAGGUGUGCAGAUGGUUCUGAUGAAAGGAUACUGCUCAUCUUGUUUCGAUCAAUUUGUGAGGAACGUAGUGAAAGCGAUCACGAGCAUUAAGAACCCGUCAACAAAUAGAGGUUAG